AUGUCUAAAAUGAAGAAAGACCCUCCGCUUCAUUCACUUGUUGCUGGGUUAAUAGCGGGAGGAGUAGAAGCGACUAUUACAUAUCCGACCGAAUUUGUAAAAACUCAGCUUCAAUUACAAGACAAAUCAAGCGGAGGAAAGGCAUAUUGCGCUGUAACUACCGUUCGAACUCAAGGAUUUUUCGCUCUUUAUAGAGGAUUAUCGGCGUUGGUGAUAGGAACCGCAGCUAAAGCGGGAGUACGUUUUUUGACGUAUGAACAAAUCAAAUUGUUAUUACAAGACGAGAAUGGAAAUGUUUCCGGACCAAAGUCAAUGCUUGCUGGAUUGGGAGCAGGAAUGACUGAAGCGGUCACCGUCGUCACUCCAACUGAAACUAUAAAGACAAAACUAAUUCACGAUCAGAGUAAACCUCAACCUCAGUACAAAGGACUUGUACAUGGAGUAACAACUAUUGUAAAAAAUGAAGGAUUUGGUGGAAUCUAUCGUGGUGUGUUCCCAGUAAUGAUGAGACAAGGCGCAAAUCAAGCAGUUCGAUUUUCCACAUAUUCCACAUUAAAACAAGAAUAUCAAAAAUUGACUGGACCAGGACAACCAUUACCUUGGCUAGUCACUUUUGGCAUAGGUUCGAUUGCCGGCAUUGUUACAGUUUAUACCACGAUGCCAUUAGACGUGGUGAAAACAAAAAUGCAAGGAUUACAUGCUAGAGAAUUAUACAAAACUUCUUUUCAUUGCCUAUGGAAGGUGAUAAAAGAUGAUGGUAUAUUGGCAUUAUGGAAAGGUGCUACGCCAAGAUUAAGUAGAUUAUUGCUUUCGGGUGGAAUCAUUUUUACAGUAUACGAGCAAGUCAUCAAUGUUUUCCGAAAGUUUUCUACAGAAGAAACAUAA